CUUAUGUAAGUUACGCCCGACUUUAACAUGGAUGUUACUGAUAUUAGUGCCCGAAACGUCACGGGCGAAGAAUUUUGGAUAAAUAUAAUAUUUGUUUUAACUAUUUAUAUACCAUUGGACUUCGUGAUCAUUUGUGGAAACGCUUUUGUUUUUGCUGUCAUUCGCCAAACUCCAAGUUUACAAAAGCCACAGUUUACAUUACUCGGAAGCUUAGCAUUAGUUGACCUACUCACGGGAGUCAUCGGCGUUCCCGUCUUUGUGUGGGGGUUUGUCACGCGGGGAUCCCUUCACCUACUAAAUAUAGAUAGCUGUCAGUUACAGUACUUUCCUAUGAAAAUUUUCAUAUCGACGUCGUUUCUCCACCUUGUUUUUAUUACCACGGACCGAUACGUCUCAAUAGCAAAACCUUUGAGAUAUGAACAAAUUGUUACUCGGUCACGAAUUUAUUGUGCUAUUGCUUUUUCUUGGAUUACCGCUUGUGUGUAUGUCAGCAUUCAAUUGUUCUGGAAAAGCAAACGAAUUGAAGGAGCAUUCUUUUGCUUUCAAAUGAAUCCACAAGGUUUUGUAGUUCAACGUUACGUAGUUUUGAUCCUGGUUCCGGCAGGUGUGAUUUUACUGAUUAUAAUGUACUUUCGUAUUUUCAUGGAGGCUAGAAAACACACAAGAGUCAUAACAUUGCAUACCAGAUUCAGCACUCAGACAACUGUUCAUAAGAAAUUUAAAGCAGCUAAAACAAGCGCUAUGAUAGUCUGCUUGUUCGCUGUUGCCUACUUACCUUAUUCUCUAAGAGGCGUUAUCUUUUUAUUUGGGAUUCAACGUUCUGAAAUAUACUGGUACGAUUUGAUGACGGAGGUGUUGUUGGCCAUGAGUUCAGCCGUCAACCCAUUCAUUUACGUGUUCCGUCACAAGCAGUUUUCAACUGCUUUAAGUCGUAUAUUGCGAAACAACGCUGACGGUUAUUGAAUCACGAUUUUAUGAUGAAUUUCAAUGUACGGUACUUAUUUUACUACAUUUUAUAAACACAAUUUCAAGUUUGGCGCAUUUGUGUUAACUGCAUUUUAUAAGUCAGAUUAAACACAGAGAACUCCAUGACAGUAAACUUGGAUUUACUGGAGUAAUCCAGUCGUGAGUUUUAACUUUCAGUGCUUGUAUUUCAAUCUUGUAAUAAUGUUUGUCAUUGUAUUCUAAAUGUUUUGAUAUAGGCCUAUGAUCAUUAGUUAAUUCGCCUGUUAGUGAAGACACUGGAUACCGGAACUGAUUGUGCACUAAUUUUGAAGAAGAGUUCUGAAUUCUGAUUUUUUUAUAAUUGUAGUUACACGUUGAGUAUAUUUAUAAAAAGUUGAUACUCUAUUUUUUUAAAAUCACCUAUUAUUAUUAUGAUUAAACAUUGAAAUAGACUACACUGUGAAAAAUGUUGGAUUGGAAUCAUAACAUUGCUUGAUACAUUUGACAACGGCAAUCUUAACAGCCUAAACACAUAGUCGUGUUUUUCACGCAGUUAUCUUUGCAGUUAUUAAUUCAAUUCAAUUUAAUUAAAUUCAUUGAACAUUUAUUUCCAUUUUCACAAUUAAAAAUGAAAAAUCCUUUUGACAAAUCCGAAUACAAUGGAGCAAAACCUUAAAAGCUCAGAAGUCUGCAGUAGGAAAGCCCUUGGAUAUAUAUAUAUAUAUAAAAUAUGUGUAUAUAAUAUAUAUAUAUAUAAUAUAUAUAUAUGCUCUACAUUUGAUUACAGCCAAUAAAAGUGUCAUCUUCAUUGAU